AAGCAAGCAUGCAAUGGUUCCAUGUGCAGAACCAUUAGAACCAUUGCAGUCAUAUGUUGUCAAAUUUGAUGCAGAAUCUGGAUUAUUGUGCACGACUGUACAUAAUGACAACUCCUCAGAACCUGACGAACUUGCAUUUGUGCAGCCACUGCCAAUGACUAAAAUGCCCAUACCAGCCCUAAAAGGCAGCCGUGCACAACAUGGAAUUCGUCUGGACAAAAAACUCACUGUAAAAUGGGCACCUGAGGUUUACGACCCGCCUGUUUCCUCUUCAUCCCACACUGUAAAAGGCCACCAUCGCCAUCACCACCAUCACCGUUCUAAGGCGAAGAAAGAUCAUCACAGUCACAAGUACAGCAGGGGGAAGUCAUCCAAGAGCAAUGUGCCUGAGAGGAAGCAUUCAUCACAUAGGAGGAGCAGUACAAGCAGCCUAACAGAUCCCCGUAUCUUGAGGUCUAGUAGGCCACAGCCAAUGUUGAAUAGUUGCGGUCAGUCAAAGGUUGAGCCCCUGGACCUAGCAGUCGGUAACCAUGCAGGUAUUAUGUAUGGUGGAAGCAGCCGUUAUAUGGAGUUGCUUGCUCCUGUGAAACUUACCUCUUUCUGAGGCCUCCUGAAUGGAUAGCGGAAAUUUGGAGGCAAUCAUGUUAGCUGGUAUGGACCCACUUGAAGCCAACAUUUUUGAGUAUCAGGUUAUUUGCUACUAUAGAAACAAAGCUGCUGGUUUUGUUAAUAUUUUUGUCGUCGUAAUUGUUUGAAAACUGGAAAAACAAUUGUUCCUUGUUGGUAUAUUUACUGUAUGCUGAGUGAAAUUCAGACUUCUAAAAUUGGUGAAUGAUAUUGCCAAAUUGUUGUUUGCUUGUGCA